AUGCCGAGCCCCGCCUGCCGGCCCCAGGCUGCCACGGAGCCGGGAUGCCGCGACCUGGAGCGCCCUCUGGUGGCCGACGUGGCUCGGCCCGGGUUACUUCAGAUUGUCCAAGUCCGGGAGGCCAUCCAGAGGUCCGUCAUCGUGGAUACCAGUGUGCAGCCUAUCAAGUUGGCCAGGGUCACCAAGGUCCUGGGCAGGACCGGUUCUCAGGGACAGUGCACGCAGGUGCGCGUGGAAUUUAUGGAUGACACGAGCCGCUGUAUCAUCCGCAAUGUAAAAGGCCCAGUGCAUGAGGACGACGUGCUGACCCUGUUGGAGUCCGAGCGACAGGCCCGGAGGUUGCACUGAG